CGCGGCGGGACGAAGGCUUGCAGCUCUUCUUGCUCCGCUCAUGAUCAAGCUGUUCAGUCUGAAGGAGGAGAAGGCCAAGGAGGCCGCCGCUGGCAGCUCCACGGCGAAGGUCGCGCCCGGGCUGAUCCGCAUGCAGAAAGACAUGAGCGAGCUGACGCUCGAUCACGGCUGCAAGCUCGCGUUUCCCAACGGCAAGGAGGACCUGAUGAACUUUGAGCUGACGAUCAAGGCCACCGACGGCAUCUACAGGAACGGGAAGUUCGUCUUCAAGGUGACGGUGCCGUCCGCGUACCCGCACGACCCGCCAAAGGUGCAGUGCCUCACGACAAUCUACCACCCGAACAUCGACAUGGAGGGCGCCGUCUGCCUCAACAUCCUGCGCGAGGACUGGAAGCCGGUGCUCACGAUCCAAUCGGUGAUCAUGGGGCUGCAGUUCCUCAUCCUCGAGCCCAACCCAGACGACCCUCUCAACAAGGAGGCCGCGCUGCACAUGACGAAGGCGGCGCUCCUAUUCCCACGCGGCGGGUUGUCUGGGCGCUGUGCCGCCCCUCCUCGCUUCCUCCACAGAGAGGUGGCCCGGUGUAUGUGAGUCGACGGUUGGCGCAGACCACCGCUCUGGAGCGGGGCCUUGGGCCAGGACGAGGAGCGUGCCGUGCGUUGUUCGCCGCGCGCAAUCUUCUCGUCGCGGGGGAGCCAUCGACGAACGCGGUGUUUCUGUUUGCGUCUCGGCCCCGGUGCUCCUCUUUCUUCCGCGGUCCUUCUACGUUGUCUUGUUGCCGCUUUGUCGCCUGUAUAAGAAGAACUUUAUGUGC